AUGGCAGUUCAACAGUCGGCAAAUAAGGGUGGAAAGAAGCAAUACAAUAAGAAUCAGAUUCAAAAGAGGCAACGAAUCUAUAAUGCCAGAAGUAUUCGAGCUGAGGCUAUUAUUGCAUCUUCAAGUAACAAGGAUAAAUCUACUAAUGAUCUAUCUGAAUCUGGUUCAAUGUUGAAUGUUGAUAAAUUUAUCAACUCCAGACAAUUCGAGAUUAAAGAAUUACAAUUGGCAAUGCAUAGAUCUAAAGUCUCAGGAUCUACUAGAGUAUUUCAAGCUUUACCCAGGCGAUUACGUAGAAGAACUGCAUCACAUAAUAUCAAAAGGAUCCCAAAAAGAAUGCGUAAUAGAGCGUUACGUGAAAUGAUGAAGAAUGAUCAGGAGAGGACAGGGGCAAACUCAACAAAACCAAGACAUGGUCUAACUUCGAAGGCCCUUUACAAAGCUAAAAUGUCAAUAAAGUUGUUAAGGCUGGCUAGUAAAUCUAAGUCAAUGAAAUUAGCUUUACCAAAUGAAGUCUCGGCAUCAAAGAAUCGUGUUAGACAAAAGAUAAGAACCCUCCAGAGGUUAAUUAAAGAUGGGAAAAGACACAAAAAAAAUAUUAGUAAAUUGAAUAAUGUAAUGGGGAGUUAUGACAAUGUUGGGGUAAAUACACUGGCCAAAAUUCCAAGAGGUCGUCCAAAGUAUGUUAAAAGACAGUUGAAGUUUACAUGGUUACCGACUCAUGUCUGGAAUGCGAAGAGAUCGCAUAUGAUUAAAAGAUGGGGGUAUCAAAUACCAUGGUCUGCCACGCAAAAAUGUUUUAAGAUGACGCACCGUAUUGGUAGUAACGUAGCAACAUCUGAUGGAACAUUGUGUAUGGACACUAGUUAUUUGGGCACUAUAAUUAUCAAUGCAAAAGAAGGUGAAGCUGAACAACUAAAGGAAACUAUUUCUAAAUUAACCAAUUCUCGUGGUGUAAAUUCUAAAUAUUAUAAAUCGAAGAAAUUAUUUCAAGGACUAAUACACAGUCCUGUUGAUGGCAAUAUCUUGGGACCUGGUGAAGUAAUAUGGGUAGAUGAAGUGUCUGUAUUGUUAAGGUUACAUCCCACCGUAUUCGGUAAUGUAUUUAGUCAUUUAUUAACCUUAACAAAUUCUUUGAAAAUUCAAGAUGCCAGAUUUUCAAUCUCUAGCAUCACUUUAACUGGUGCAGAAUCAUUAACUGCAUUAACAAGUGUAUUGAGAAGCACCUCUAAAUCUGAAUCGUUCGAACAAUUAAAAUUAGUAUCAAAUGUUACAGAUUGCAACGUGCUCCCUCAAAAUUUAAAUUUUGGUUUUACUGCGAUCGACCCACGUCAUUUUGGUUCACCGAAGAAAAUUAAACAUGGAAAAGAUCAGUUAAAUAUUGAUGAGGUAAUGAAAUUACAAACAAAUGAGCCAAAGACUGAAAUUUAUGAAACAUUAUCAAAAUUAUUGUCCCAAUCCGGCCGUACCGAAUCUUACAAAGGCCAAUUAACAAUGAAGGAAUUAAAUAAACGUCGUCAUAAGAUGGUUCAUGCUGACUCAAAUGUUGCUGACAAUGGAAUAAUUCCAUUCGAGAAGGGUAAAGAUCCAGAGAUACCUUUAUAUAUUUACAAAAGAGAAGAAUCAAACGACUGGGUCAUUCUGUUACCUUGGUUCUGGCAUUUACCAUUAUGGUAUCAAUUGAAUCGUAUACCAAGAAUGUACAAUAUCGGUUUAAGACAGUUUCAACAAUUACAAUAUGAAAAUAGUAAAUUAUAUUUCCCUGAUGAUUACCCAUUCACUGAAGCAGGUUCGAUAGAAAAUGCAGUUUAUAAAAGAGAAACAUCACGAAGUAAAUGGGAAGGGAAACCAAGUGGUAAGAGAGUAAAUUUCUCAAAAAUUAAAAAUAUUCACAAUACAAAGAUUCCAUCCUUGAAAGGUGAAAUCGGUGACUUCUUUUCUUGUGAUUGGAGAUUUUUACAAGUAUUAAGGAACGGUGUUUCAUACCUUUCUCGAGACGGAAAGUCUCUAGCCAUGAUUAAUCCUAAUAGGACAACCCAGUUUGAUCAAGGUGCGAAAAGAUUAAUCGAAGUAGUUAAUGACCUUUUUGAACUUUCAAAGGAUCUAGAGGUUGAAAACUUAACUAUUCCUCGCUCUAAAUUACCAAUCUGUCUGUCAACUAAUUCAGAUAGAGAGCCGAAAUUAGUUCGUACGAAAGAAGAUAUUUGCAAUAUUCCAUUAUCUGUCUUACCGGUACGUUGCAAAUAUGUAGAAAGAGGCCAUAUGAAAGAUAAUGCAAGAAUAUACGAAAUUCCUAAGGAGCAUGAAAAGUAUUGGAAAGAGAAAAGAAAUGGUACAUUUAGGCCAGAUGGUAAAUUAUUCCAUGAUGAGAAGACUCCGUUAGUAGAAGUAUACAACCUCAUUGGUUUUAUUUCAAGUGGUGCAUAUGAUUUAAGUAUUGGUGGUAGUUGUGGUACCGGGUUUGUUGAUGAAAGUCAUUUUAUUAAUUCGAAAGAUAAAUAUGUACUAGUGAGAAAUGUAGGAUCUAACCAAUAUAGGUUGGCUCUCUUAAACAAGCUAAUUAUAUAA